AUGUCAGAACCGCAAUCAUUACCGUUUUUCUACCAGUUUAUUGCCGGUGCCGUUGCAGGCAUAUCGGAGAUCCUAGUGAUGUAUCCACUCGAUGUGGUGAAAACUAGAAUGCAAUUGCAGGUGAGUCAGGCAGUUGGCAGUGCCGCUGCCGCUCAGGAGCACUAUACCGGUGUGGCUGACUGUAUCAGGAAGAUUGUGCAGAAAGAAGGUGCGUCGCGCCUGUACAAAGGGAUCUCUUCUCCAGUGUUGAUGGAGGCACCAAAGAGGGCUACGAAAUUUGCGUGCAACGAUGAGUUCCAGAAGAUCUACAAGAAUAUGUUUGGGAGUCCCGUGAUGACGCAGCCGCUUUCCGUGCUGAGUGGUGCGUCAGCAGGUGUGUGUGAAGCGUUUGUCGUUGUGCCGUUCGAGCUGGUGAAGAUCAGACUGCAGGACUCGAGAUCGAACUACAAGGGGCCCGUGGAUGUUGUGAGACAGAUCAUCGCCAAGGAGGGUGUCCUGGCCAUGUACAACGGGCUGGAGUCUACGAUGUGGAGACACGCUGUGUGGAAUGCCGGCUAUUUCGGCGUGAUCUUCCAGGUUAGAGGCAUGUUGUCCAAACCACAGAACAAGACGCAGAAAACGGUAAACGACCUGAUUGCAGGUACGAUCGGUGGUACCUUUGGUUCUUUGCUAAGCACGCCAUUUGAUGUCGUGAAGUCGAGAAUCCAGAACACGGCCGUCGUGGCCGGCGUGGUCAGAAAAUACAACUGGUCGUGGCCCUCGAUGUUCACUGUGUACCGCGAAGAAGGUUUCAGAGCUCUCUACAAGGGUUUCGUUCCGAAGGUAUUGAGACUGGGCCCUGGAGGUGGUAUCCUGUUGGUCGUGUUCACCGAAGUGAGCGACUUCUUUAGAAGAAUGAAUUUAUAG